UUGCUCCGUAAAUUAUGUGUACGAAUUUUGACCAAACGAUUGGCUCUCCGAAACAAGGAAGUGGCUGUGCGAUUGGUCCGGCUCGCAGUGAAAAGCUUGUCAAGUUAUGUAGGGGCUAUGGAAAGUCUAAAGAACUGUACAGAGGAACAGCAACCCCCCUCCCUUUUGACCAACUCGUGGUCCAAAAAACAAGAAGCAAGCAAAAGUCAAAAGCCAAAAAGUGUCGGUGGAUUUGUGUUAGUUCACGCAGGAGCAGGAUACCACUCUGAAUCAAAAGCCAAGGAGUACAAGCAUGUUUGCAAAAGAGCUUGUCAACGCGCUGUGGACCAACUCAAAGCUGGGGCUCAUGCAGUGGAAGCAGUGACUGCAGCACUGGUUGAAUUAGAGGACUCUCCUUUCACAAAUGCUGGCAUGGGCUCCAACCUUAAUUUGUCCGGGGAAAUUGAAUGUGAUGCAAGUAUCAUGGAUGGAAAGUCACUGCACUUUGGUUCGGUGGGAGCUCUGAGUGGUAUUAAGAACCCAGUGUUGGUUGCAAACCAUCUGCUGAGUGAGGGGCAGAAAGGGAAGCUGUCAGCCGGCAGAAUACCACCGUGUUUUUUAGUGGGCAGAGGGGCACAUGACUGGGCAGUCAGCCAAGGAAUACCCACAUGCCUUUCAGAGAAAAUGACCACCAAAUUCAGUUUAUCUGCAUACAAGAGGAACAAGCGAAAGAUGGAGCUGGCGGAGAGAAUGGACACAGGACAUAAUCAGACGAAGAAAAGACGACAAUCAAGUGAAAAUGAAAAUGGCUCAGGGUGCCUCGACACAGUCGGAGCUGUUGUGGUAGACUUGGAAGGGAACGUGGCUGCAGCGGUGUCCAGUGGAGGCCUCGCCAUGAAACACCCCGGCAGGGUUGGCCAGGCUGCUCAUUAUGGAUGUGGCUGCUGGGCUGAAAACGCCUGUAAUAUGAAUCCUUACUCCACAGCAGUGAGUACCUCAGGGUGUGGAGAGCAUCUGAUUCGUACCAUGCUGGCUCGGGAAUGCUCUGCUGCCAUGCAGUCUGAACAUGCCCACCAAGCACUGCUGGAGGCUAUGCAAAACAAGUUCAUCAGCUCACCGUUUCUGGUAAAUGAAGAUCGUGUCUUGGGUGGAGUAAUUGUCCUGAGGUGCUGCCGAUGUGUGGACACUCAGCCAUCUCAAAAUAUUCAGGGUUUAUUGGUGGAGUUCCUAUGGAGUCACACCACGGAGAGUAUGUGUGUUGGCUACAUGUCUGCACAAGAUAGCAAAGCAAAGACACACAUAUCCAGAUUACCACCUGGGACAGUUCCUGGACAGUCUUUGGCCAUAGAGGGAGGGGUGUGUCGGCUGAUGGGAGUAGUGGAAUGAACCCCAUUCUCUCCAACCUCUUUUUCUUCCUUCUGUGCUUCUUCAGCAAUACUCCCACACAAACUGAACUCAUGCACACACAUGCACAGCACCCUUACCUCCCCACAGUCUUUAUGAUGGCAGAGGUAAUAAGCUUUUACUGUUUUAACAGGUGUUCAGGAAGCAGUUGGGAGCGUUAGCUUCUACUUAGUGCACUUACAGAACUUCCCUUUGGGCGCUGUCUGCCUCCAGCAUGCACUCAUGCCAGUUUACCCCCACAGGCUCUCCAGUGCCACCUGGAUUAAACCAUUUUUCUUUUUGUUUCCAGAUAAAAAGAGACAUCUUCCUUUUUGUACAUAAGCUAUGUUUUUGGGAAACAGGGUGGAUGUUCAGUGACUUUGUGUCACUGAACAGAUGUGACUGUUUUUAGAUUUUUAGUCAUUUGAAGUGCAGGACCUUAUUUUGCUCCUAAAAAUGCUUUUCGAUAUUAAAAAGAUGACAGAUUGCACCUUGUAUAAUGCCUACUACUUAAGGUUGUCGCCAUGAAGAAUUUGUAGCUGUGAGGGUUGAGCAGUGAAGAUAAGUCAUUGUAACAUAACUAAAUCAACUUUAAUAUCUUUGUACUCAAGCAUACCGUACAAUGUAGCAUAAUGUGCAUAUUAGAUCAUGAUAUAUUUCUAUAAUCAUUGAUGCUUUGCUCCUCGUUUAGGAAAUGCAAAUACACAGCUACUGCAGCUACAGUAAGACAACUCUUUUUCCUGAAAGUUGUUGAGUUGAUCAAGGAUGGGGGGGUUAAGGGUUAAGGGACUUAUGUUAUGCUGUUACAGCACGAUGCUCAUAAACACACACACACACACACACACACACACACACAUUUUUGUAUAUAUAUAUGAUUGUCUGAAUGCUCAGGAAGCAGCAUUGUUAUCUACACCCUAAACUUGAUUGUUAUUCAUCCUGUAAAACCUACACUUUAUAUUUUGGUUCCCAUUGGCAGAGAUACAUUUUCUCUAUAAAGAGAC